AUGGCGUGUCUGCAGACACGCCAUGGGACUAGCAUAUUUGCGGAUCAGGUGAUGCGUGAAGAAUCCUUCAUCGACGAUCGUGAUGCUCAGCUUCAAAGGAGCUUCGAGGUCUCCACGCGCGACUUGCGAGAAGCGCGCGAGGAGGUGGUGCCCGACAUCUUCCUGGUCGACGAUGACCUCUUUGGGCCCCUCACGAGCACGGCCAGUGGCUUGCUCGCUGGCUUGGACAUCGCUAUCGCUGGACAGGCCAUCCUACUGGCCGUGCUGCUCACGGCGCAGAAGGGCUUCACUGCGGAGGACACGUCCGACGCUGCGUCCCAGUCCUCCUCGAGCGCAGCCUCACAGGCAGCGAGCGACGAGCAAGCAGGUGGAGGUGCUUCGACAGGUGUUGAGACCACAGCUGCAGCUGAGGUGAGCUCGGGCAAGGUGGUGCUGCGCUUCUACGGGCGCUGGGACAAUGAGGAUCAGUGGGUUCUCUUGCAGUCUCUACCGCUUCAUGGCUUUGCGGGGUCGGUGGUGGAUGGUCUACGGCGUUCCAAGAGCUUUCUGGGACCUCUGGCCAGCAAGCUCUUGACCGCUCUCGUCGCCCGCUCCGCGCGGGGCUUGGUCCAGCGGCGCGGCUGGAAACCUAUCGUGGAGAAGACCAUGGCGGAGGUGGGCCGUGAGUUCUACCUGGGUUACCUGGUGGAGCCAUCUGCUGCAGAAGCUCAUCAGCGUGUCCCCUUGCGGGACGCCAAGGUGGAGGAGGUGCCUCGUGCUAGUAUCCUCCAGACCAAUUGA